GUAGCUCAGUGGUUAAAACAUUGGACUACUGAGUAGAAGGUUGUGAGUUUGCACUGCUGGGCUGUUGAGCAAGGCCCUGAACCCUCAACUGCUCAGUUGUAUAAAAUGAGAUAAAUGUAAGUCGCUCUUGGACAAGAAUGUCUGCCAAAUGCUGUAAAACGUAAAUGGAAACAUAGCCUAAUCAUUGAUGCAAUGAAUGAAGCUGCUAUAGUUGAAGUAAAAGCUUGGCCUCAAAAAGGAUCUGAUGGUUUUUGGUCUUGAUCAUUAUUCAGUCUCACUUUCAUUUGAAUUACAUCUCGACUUGACCUGGACCUCCUUAAGACUCAGAUCUUGAUCUUGACUGGUCCAGGUCUUGGACUUGACAGUGGUGAUCUUGACUACAGUCCUACUAUGAAGUGACCAAUAUGAAACGUUACACGAUAACAAAGACGAGAAAAACAGCUGCUUCACUCAUCAUCAUACUCUGAGCUGCGCGGGUCUGUCACCUUCUGUCUCACCCUGAACUCACAAACAUGCGUCUCAUCCAGCUGAGACUGUGUCAUGUCCUACUCAUCACCACUACUAUUUUAUACACAACUGAGGGAGUAAAAGAAGGAUGUGCAGACUGGAGACUGCAUGAAACUGAUGAAGUCUGCUGUACAAAAUGCAACCCAGGGAACCGCUUGGUGGUGCAAUGUGGACAAGACAGAACUAAACUCUGUACACCAUGUGAAUCUAAUACUUACACAGAUCUUCCAGCGUCAUUGUACUGCAAAAGAUGCACUCAGUGUGUAGAUCCAAUGGUUCAGCUGAAACCCUGCAAUGCCAGCGCAGACACUGUGUGUGGAUGCAAACCUGGGUUUCGCUGUGGAGAUCAGCAGUGUACCUUCUGUGUUGAAGAGUGCAAAAAGGGUCAAGAGCCAACAGAAGAUUGGACUUGUAGAAAAUGCCCAGAGGGAACAUUUAAUGAUAAAAUCCACAGCACUUGUAAAUCAUGGACAAAAAGUUGUCCUGAAGGAGAACACAUUAUUAGCAGCGGUAAUGAAACCAGUGACAUUAAUUGCAGCAGGACACAAGCGACCACUCAUUUAGCCACAAAAGAUAUCUUUAUAUAUCCACUAAUCGGAAUCUUUGGUGGCAGUUCUGCAAUCAUGAUCAUUCUCAUUUUAUCGCUGUGGCUCACCUAUAAAAGAACAAAAACCAAGAGCAAGGAUGCAAAGCCGCAUACUCCAUCUCAAGGAGAACUCACUAUUAUGAUGGUGGAGCAUGAUGAAGCCUGCAGCUUCCAUCAGCCGGAGCAGGAGCAAGGUGGCAGCUCUGAGUCCAUCAACACGCAAGACUCGAAAACAAAACUCAUAGUGUGAGCUCUGGAUUACUUUGUGCAGUCUUUCCUCAUGCUGAACUCAUGGGAUAUUAAACUUGGUGUUGUGCAUGUUUUAUACACCAAGAUCCUCUCUUUGGUGCAGUCUUGAGAUGGAGUUUUGGACAGAGAGACAGGUGAAUUUCUUGGCAUACUAUUUACAUAUGAAAGGACAUGUCCUAAAUAAGACCUAUUUAAAAUAAAAAUAGUAGGAUAACAUGCCAAAUGUUAGCAUGAGAUAUUUUGUGCAAAAUAAAGCAGCUAGAGAGAGACAGACUUGCUUGCUGCUUGGUCACGUAGGAGUCUAAAUGUGAACCCUUGACACUUCUUAUAGAUGUGGGCGUCUCCUACAUGUUACUGCGUCACACUUGUAAGUCACAGACUUCUUGAAAUACCCUGGUGGGCUUCCCCCGGUUUCCUGCUACAAAUGGCACUAUUUUAAAUGUCUCGUUUUAGAGACUUGGACAUGCUUCAGGGGGAAGAUGAUUGAAAACAUUUUUUAAAAUCGCAAAACUUCCUGGCACUGGCAAAAACCUUCUAAUCAUCUUCUGAGAAGAUGAUUUUGCAAGCACCUCUUAUGAAAUUUCACAGCACUAAACCAUGUGUAAACGGCAAUAAUUAGACAGCUGUAAAUAUGAUCUUUUAAGAUUGUGUAAUAUGCAAAGGGAAUUUCACAACUUUCUGGAACAAGACCCAGGGACGCUCAAGGGAAUGUGUUGCUGGUCAGGUUUCCCCUGACAGGAUUUGUGUGGUGUAGAUCAGCAAGAAGCACUGGAGCAAAAGAGGAUUUGGGAGAAAUUAAACCAACCAAAAUACCUCUGCUUUUUUUUAAUUUUUAUUUUUUAAUUUUUAAAAAAGCUUUCAAUAGCAAAGUUUGAUACAUCCCAAACCAAGAAAGUGAAACUGAACCCGAUACUAAGCCUGUUACGUAAUAUUUAGUGUUCCCAGUGACUCAAAGGACUCUAAAGAAUGAGGGUGACUCAUAUGCCAUGACAAUGCUCAAUAUCCAACAUUUAAUCUCUAUUAACCAGUUGACAUACAAGAACACCACUUACCUUUGGUAUGUAUGUGCCUGUGGUUCACUUGAGCUUAAAUUCUUUCAUUGACUUCCCUUUUCAUUGGCACCCUGGAAUGAUCUCAGUUCUCUUCAGGGUAGUUUCUUUUGAGAAAAUCCACCCACACCUGGCAUUUUUGCACAACAUAGAUUGGCUAAUUUCAGAUGACAUUUAGAGUUUUUCCUUCACCUGAGCUUAUCUCUAGUAGGAAGGAUAUCAAGCCAUCUAGCAGCAAAGACAGUCAGUUAGGAAUCCCCCCAGUGAAUGAUUUGCUGAGAAUGUUAACAGGAAUGUGACACCUGAGUGGAUCUGUUCUCUCAGAAAGGACACAACCAGCUCCAGGAUAACGGGUCAUGCUCCAACACACUUAUUAGUUACAGUUACAGUAAUAAUAUCAUGUAAAAAUCAUACCCAUGUUGAAGUUUUUUGACAUUUUACACUGUGCCAAUGCUACAGUUUGUUAACCAUAUGUGCAGUAUUAUAUUUCUGUCAAAUAAAAAUGUUUAUAAAAAUA